AUGGGCGAAACGCCGUUUUCACUGGUUUUCCACCUCAGCAACUGCCGAACGCCAGUGAUAGACACCGCCCAUUGUGUCCGCCGACACGUCCUGAGCGGCGACAACAAGUGUCCCAAAUGUUUUGCCAUCAAUUAUACCAACGAUUGCAAAGACGACCUCUAUUUCAAUUCGUUGCUUAAGAUUUCGCACAAAAUUAAUAAAUUGUUGGAUCAAAGAGAAUCUAAACCAUUGGCCAAACAGUCGCCGAUCAAAGUGUCGGCCAAACAAGUGGUGACCAAAAGCGGAGACCAAUCCAAAGGACACGCGAGUGGUUAUCAAAAGGAUCUCAUAAUUCAAAGUUUGAAGGCUUGUGUCGCCGACAGCGCGAAGAAUAAGCAAAAAAGCGGUUCCGUUUGCGAUCCAAAAUCAGUCAAUAAUAAGCCGCUCAACAAAGAGGCGCUCAAACCAGUGAUUAAAGAGGCGCUCAAACCAGUAAUCAAAGAGUCGCCGCUCAAAAGCGCACCGCCGAUGACUGCAAAGCCUGCGCUUAACGCCAGGAAAUCGGUCGAAUUUGUGGACGUUGUGGACACCGACUCUAUGGACUCAAUUGAAUCAAUUCCCAACUCUAUUGAAGACUCUUAUGGAGAGCCAACAGAGAUCUCUGGACUCAACAACGAGACCACCGCUGAAGACAAGACAACAGAGAUGGCGUCCGCUGUUCUCGAGGGUCUCGAGUCCAACAACGACCGCCUGUCCAUCGAUUUCCUCGAUUCUUCAUUUGGAUCCCACACCGAUGGCAACCAAUCGCUUCCAACGGCCAGAAACUCGUCACAAGAGAAGGAGAAGGCGUUCAAGAAAGUGAUGGAUUGGAAGUCGUGUCAAACGAGUCAACACAUUGUGGACACAGGAAUGCAAACUCAAAAUUCACCCAAAAAGGUGUUGAAAUCAGUUUCCAUUCAAGUUGUGGCCAAACUCUGCAAUCAGAGUAUACAGACUGACCCUCUGUUGGACAUCAACACUGAUAAUGCGGCCAAAGAGACCACCAAUUGUUGCGAAUCUAAUAAUUGCUGUUUCCAUAAAGAAUCUAAACCAUUGGCCAAACAGUCGCCGAUCAAAGUGUCGGCCAAACAAGUGGUGACCAAAAGCGGAGACCAAUCCAAAGGACACGCGAGUGGUUAUCAAAAGGAUCUCAUAAUUCAAAGUUUGAAGGCUUGUGUCGCCGACAGCGCGAAGAAUAAGCAAAAAAGCGGUUCCGUUUGCGAUCCAAAAUCAGUCAAUAAUAAGCCGCUCAACAAAGAGGCGCUCAAACCAGUAAUCAAAGAGUCGCCGCUCAAAAGCGCACCGCCGAUGACUGAAAAGCCUGCGCUUAACGCCAGGAAAUCGGUUGAAUUUGUGGACGUUGUGGACACCGACUCAAUGGACUCAAUAGACUCAAUACCCAACUCUAUUGAAGACUCUUAUGGAGAGCCGACAGAGAUCUCUGGACUCAACAACGAGACCACCGUUGAAGACAAGACAACAGAGAUGGCGUCCGCUGUUCUUGAGGGUCUCGAGUCCAACAACGACCGCCUGUCCAUCGAUUUCCUCGAUUCUUCAUUUGGAUCCCAGACCGAUGGCAACCAAUCGCUUCCAACGGCCAGAAACUCGUCACAAGAGAAGGAGAAGGCGUUCAAGAAAGUGAUGGAUUGGAAGUCGUGUCAAACGAGUCAACACAUUGUGGACACAGGAAUGCAAACUCAAAAUUCACCCAAAAAGAAGGAGAAGGCGUUCAAGAAAGUGAUGGAUUGGAAGUCGUGUCAAACGAGUCAACACAUUGUGGACACAGGAAUGCAAACUCAAAAUUCACCCAAAAAGGUGUUGAAAUCAGUUUCCAUUCAAGUUGUGGCCAAACUCUGCAAUCAGAGUAUACAGACUGACCCUCUGUUGGACAUCAACACUGAUAAUGCGGCCAAAGAGACCACCAAUUGUUGCGAAUCUAAUAAUUGCUGUUUCCAUAAGUCUAUUGAUAAUAUUCCGUGUCAUUCACUUCAGAUGUUUCUCAAACAAUUGGUUGAGUUUAAGGCCAAUCAGUCCAUAACUAAUGACAACCAAUUGGCUAUCAAUUCCGAUGAAGUGAAGGCCACGAGUGAGCCGUCAGUCAGCGCUAAACCUAUCAAUGAAAUCGAGAAUAGAGAAGAAGAAGCGGUUUUAGUGCCUGUGAUUGACCGGUUGUCCACUCAAGACAUCCAUUGGGCGGUGAAGUCGUAUUCAUCAAAGAGAUCGUCCUUCGAGUCCAUCACAAGAAGUAAAAAACCAAAAACAGAGCUUAAAUCGGAUUCAAAUGUCGAAGAAGUGGUCGAAUUGAUUGAAACAGACAAAGAGAGGGUUCCCGAACUGAUGGCGCCAAAGGUUGCGGAGGAAUCGGUACAAGAAGUGGCAGACGAUAGCGUCUUUAUAUUUGAAGACCCGCCAGAAGUGGUGGAACCGAAACAAAAGCCAAAACGAAAAGUUGUCACCAAAAAGACGGCUAAAAGUAAGGCUUUAGUGGUAGAAGAAGAAGAAGAAGAAGACGAAGAGCCAAAACCGGUGGCAAAGAAUGUCAGAAAACGUCAAAUCAUUUCUACUGAAUCGGAAGAGACGCCAAAAGCGGAUACUAAGAGAACUAAAUCAAAGUUUAACCCGACCAUAGCGUCUACGGCGGCGAAGCCAGAGAAAAGUGUGUUUAAACGGCCUGUCUCUCCGGCGCCUUCUGAGGCCCCAUCGGAUGUGUCGAUGGCUUCGUCGACAUCUUCACGGCAGAGGACGUCAUCGUCUGAGCGCUCGACUCAAAGGUGUGUUAUAUUAUACUCGGGUUUGGAGGAGAAACAGAUUAAGAAAAUUCAAAGCGUUUGUCGCGAACUCAACGCAGAAGCAGUGACCGAAUGGUCCGAUAAAGUGACACAUCUUGUGAUCGCACUCUUUAAGGACACCACAAAAGAGGGUCUCAUAUGUCCGCGAAAUGCCAAAUAUCUGAAGGCUUUGUUGGCAAACAAAUGGAUUGUUAGCUUUGAUUGGAUUAUGGAUUCUUAUCGCUCGAACCGAUUUGUCGAUGAGUUUAAGUAUGAGAUAAGCGCCGACCGGACGGCCACCGAAGCGCACAUUCCUCGCCGAUCGCGAACGAGUGGCCAAAAGUUGUUUCAAAACAUAAUGUGUCACUUCAAUGGCAUUAAAGGCAAUCUGUUGAGUGAAUUGCAACAAUUCGUGGUCAUCGGUGGCGGAGUUGUCGUCGAUUCCAUCGAAGAGUUCGCUAAAAGUAAGCGAAAGAAUGGAUUUAAGAAAUUGUUGUCCGUUUCGGAAGCCAUUGGUUUACCCAACACUCAAACCGAUGGCAUUAAAUACGUGUCCAGGAAUUCAUUAAUGGAUUCCAUCGCCAACUUCUCUCCCCUUUAA